AUGGUCGACAACAACACCUCGACCUACAGUGGUCUCAAGUUCAUCCAAUACGACGAGAAAGAGCACGAAAAGCUCUUCACGCAACUCAUGGCCGACGACGAGAAAAAGGCCACGGAGCGCAGACUCGAAGGCAAAGACCUCAUCGCCAUCCUCAUUACCUCCCGCGAAGAAGCCCUCUCCGAGCUAGCCCACUUCCAGAUCCGCGCCAACAAGAUCGCCCAAGCCAACAAGCGCGAAGUUUCCGAGCUUCACAGCAAGAUCUCGGUCUCUUACGAUGUGGCGCACACGAGCUACGCCCAGGCUCAGGAGUACUACGGCCACAUUGAUUACUACCGAAAGGAGAGUGAGCGCAAGGACACCGUUAUUCAGCAGUCGCAGCAUGAGCUGGUGACUUUGCAGGCACAGCUCUUCCAGAAGACACAGGAGGUGGCGGAACAGCAAAGUCAAUUGGAUGAGGCUGUGGCCAAGAAUAAGGAGCUUCUUGCUCAAUUGGAGGAUGUUCGCAAGAAGGUCGACAGAAUUAUGAGAGCUUCGGAGGUUCCCUCUCCUUCUCCUUCGAUCGGCUACGAUCGGGAGCGCAGCAUGACGUAA